ACGAAAAUAAAUUUGCGACCAUGACAUAUUAGCCUAUAGGAUAGAUAGGAUUUAUAAAAUUCGGCAAAACCUGGUAGUUUUAGCUUGAAUUUAUCUGAAGGAGCCUGUCUUAAAUUAAGUUAAUAGUGGCGGUGUUUUAAGCAAUGUCCUCUGUUCGUUUCACCGUAACGAAAGCUGAAGAAGAUCCGGUUGAAAAAGGAAAUGGAGAUCCUACUUACGGCUCUACAGUGAACCAAGGCUCUCCCAAUAAAGUUGGCGAUUCAGGAGGUGAGUCAAGACCAAUAAAUACUGGCUUAAACGGCUAUUCCCUACGUAUUUCCGAUUCGAAAUGUCCUAAAUGUUAA